CGGCGGGGCACCGCGCCAGGGCUGGGCAUGGCACUGAGAGCAGCUCCGGGACGCCCAUCUUCCUAGACGGAUUAAUUUCUCUCCGUCUCUAUGUACUUGGUGAUAAGAAGUGAUAAUCCCACUCUGUCAGUCCGGACUGAUGAAUCUGAGGAAUAGAACAGAGCCCUGUGUUGUGUAAACGAACUGAUGGAUGAAGAUGAGAAGGACAGGGCAAAGAGGGCAUCACGCAACAAAUCUGAGAAAAAGAGGAGAGACCAGUUCAAUGUCCUCAUUAAAGAGCUUUGCACGAUGCUGCAGGGCCACGGCCACCCUCUCAAGAUGGAUAAGUCCACAAUACUGCAAAGGACCAUUGACUUCCUACAGAAACAGAAAGAAAUCACAGCACAGACAGAAGCCUGUCAAAUUAGACAAGACUGGAAACCUUCAUUUCUUAGCAACGAGGAGUUCACCCAGUUGAUGUUAGAGGCACUAGAUGGCUUUCUCAUUGCUCUUACAACUGAUGGGAUUAUUAUUUAUGUAUCUGAUAGUGUUUCGUCUCUGCUAGGACACUUACCGUCAGAUUUGGUGGACCAAAAUAUAUUAAACUUUCUGCCUGAUGGGGAGCAGAGCGAGGUGUACAAGCUCCUUUCUCCACAUGUGCUCAUGACAGAUCCUGUUGCAGCUGAUUUUCUAAAUGUGGAAAAACAAAUAGAGUUCUGUUGCCAUUUUGCAAGAGGCAGCUUAGAUCCAAAUGAACCUCUGAUGUAUGAAUAUGUGAAAUUUGUAGUGGAUUUUAAAUAUUUUACUCAUGUGCCUACAUCCUCCUGUAAUGGCUUUGAGUCAGCUAUUGCACGAGCUUUCAGGUCAGCCACGGAGGAGCAGAUUUGCUUGGUAGCAACUGUUCGUCUUGUCACGCCACAGUUCUUAAAGGAGCUCUGCAACAUUGAAGAGCCAUGUGAAGAAUUUACAUCGAGGCAUAGUUUAGAAUGGAAGUUUUUAUUUUUGGACCACAGGGCUCCACCUAUUAUAGGAUAUUUACCAUUUGAGGUUCUGGGAACGUCGGGAUAUGAUUACUACCAUGCAGAUGACCUGGAGCUUCUUGCUAGGUGCCAUGAACACUUGAUGCAGUUUGGAAAAGGAAAGUCCUGUUACUAUCGGUUCCUGACCAAAGGGCAGCAGUGGAUAUGGCUGCAGACACACUACUACAUCACCUACCACCAGUGGAACUCCAAACCCGAGUUCAUCGUUUGCACUCAUCUGGUAGUUAGUUAUGCAGAAGUUCGGGCUGAGAGAAGGCGAGAUCUUGGUCUCGAAGAGUCAUCAAUUGAACUGGCAUCCUCUUCUCUAAAGAGCCACAGCAGUUACCUGAAUGUGAGGCAGUGCGGCAGCAGCCAGGACGCCAGCCGGGAGGGAGUGUCGCUGUCAUCGCACAGCUCCCGGCACUCCUCACACACCACCCUCUCCGACUCCACCUCCACGUCAUCCAUGCGGCGUACAGACACCAGCACUUCCACCCGGCCAUCGGUGCCGGGGGCUCCAGUGGAGAAGGCAGCCCUGCGACUGGCAGCAGUCGGGAGUGCUCAGGCAGUGUACCAUUUCCCCACCCAACUGGGGAUGAUGCACCAGCUGAAAGAGCAGCUGGAGGCGAGGACUCGCAUACUGCAAGCUGACAUCAAAACGCAGCAGGAGGAGCUCCAUGUCAUCAAGGAGCAGCUCCAGCUGGUGCAGGACUCCAACUUGCAGAUGCUGAUGCAGCAGCCGAUCCCUGUCAUCUUUAACACGGUGCAGCAGCCGAGCCCCCAGAGGCCACCACCCCAGGGGACACCCAGGCAGACCACAACCAAGAAGUCACAGCAGACAGACCUCAUGGGGACAAAGCACUACUGCAGCACCCACCUGCUGUCACCACACCCAUUCCUCAGGGACCCUUGUGGCACAGCCCCCCAGGUACAGCAGCAGAAGCAGCAGCACCCGAUGAGAGGAAGCCAAGGCCAGCAAACGUGUGUGCCAGGGCAGGCGAGCAUUUCAGUGCCCUUCUACAACAACCCCAUGAUGUUCUCCCAAACACAGCCCAUCACCGUGGCUGCACAGGUGCCAACUGACGGCAGCGAGAGGCAACCGCCAGCUGACUACAGCCAGGACAGGAACCUCAGGAUGCUGUUGGAUCAGUCCAUCCAAGCCAUGAUGCCCACAACCAACAGCAGUUGCCAGCCUGUGCUGAACAGUGCCAGCAGGCAGCAAGGAAAGUUUGUUGCAGAGCAGCAGACCCUGCCUCUCCCAGCACAGGUGCAGCCAGUCACCUGCAGCACCGUCCGACCUCCAGCCCCGCCACCCAUCUUCUCCCCGUCUCUAAUGAUCCCACACACCAGCUUCACAUCCCACCAGGCCAACACAUCGGUUCAUCUGCACCAGUGGCCACAGCAGCAGGUUCAGCAGCACUGCCUCUACCUUCAGAUGCAAGGUCCUGAGCUGGUGCCUGGGGCUCCGACGCAGCGCAUUUUCCAGCCGCCCCACACUCCACAGCAGAACCCCUUGAGCUACUUCCUCCACCCGCAGCAGCAGAGCCAUCACACACAGGGCCAGCCCUGCAACCUGCCUGACCUGCCUGAGAUGCAGCUGCCCUGAAAGUUGGUUCUGGAGACAAAGGUCCACACGGCUGCAGCUGCUGCACCCAGGCGCAUGCAGGAGAGCAUGACGCCAUCAGAGUACGGCACAAGACGGGUCGGGCUCCAUGGGGAUGUGGCGGCUGGAGGGAUGAUCUCUGACAGGGGUGCAUGGCUGCAAGGAUGUAAUUUGUUGGGAUUUCCAUGCAGCCAGUCCGUGAUGCUGUUCCGGCAGCAGGGUGUGCCCUGACCCAGCACCAUGGUGCCACUCGAAGUGGUGGCUUUCUUGUUGCAGGGAGGUGAGUUACCAGGUUGUCAUGAAACUCGGUUUGCAAUGGAAAAAAACCCUUUUCCAUUCAGGACUUCAAUGGUGAAAGUCACUGUGAAUUUAAGCCCAGCAUUUGGAGCACAUAGACUGUACCAGUCUGCAGGACAGCAUUGGAUUAUCAUGUUCACAACUCGUUUUGCUGUAGUAAGUCCAUUGUGAAUUCUUUUUCCUUUUACUAUACCUCAGUCCCGCAGGUUUUUUUUUUCCAGGAGUUUGGAUAAUGCUGCUAAUUUAUGUAACACCACUUUUGCCUGAAUUUCUUACUGUUGUUAUACCAGCUCACAUCGCAGCUAGUACAAUAUUUGUCAUGUUUUAUUUUUGGUUAACAAAUGAAGAUAAAUUUGUAUGGUUUUUACUCCCUGUAGCCAAAUAUUUUUCAAGUUACAGACAAAGAAUCUGUACUUUUUUUUUGUUUGUUUGUUUCAAGUGAGGUAGUUGUAUAUGUUUCUAUUCAUAAAAACAAACAAACAUGUGUAGAACAGCAUAUGACAGCAAACUUUGUGGUUUUGCUAGGUCAUGUUUCAAUUUGGCAAACCCAAAAUGUAUAAUCACAACACACAAUGUUACAAGCCUGUAGGGUCAGCAAUAAAUUGUAUUUUUGUAAAUUGU